UUAAACCACACCACCAUAUCCUCCAUUUUAUCACCUCUUAUUAAAUCCCACCCUCACUCUCUUCACUCUUUGGCAAUUUGCAUUUUCUCUUUACACCUUAAAUCCUCUCUAAAUUCCUCUUACAAUGGCCACUGUCUCUUCCUCCGCCGCCGUCGCUGUCCCAUCUUUUACCGGCCUCAAGGCCGCUGUUCCCGCCAAGGCAUCAACCGCCAAAGUCAUCCCCACCACCACCGCCGUCCCAAGAAUGUCAGUCAAGGCAUCCCUGAAGAACAUCGGCGCCGCCGUGGUCGCCACCGCCGCCGCCGGAAUCCUCGCCGGAAACGCCAUGGCCCUUGACGUCUUGCUCGGAGGCGAUGACGGGUCACUGGCUUUCGUCCCCGGUGACUUCAGCGUUGCCUCCGGCGAGGAGAUCGUGUUCAAGAAUAAUGCCGGAUUCCCACACAACGUCAUCUUCGACGAAGACGAGAUCCCUUCCGGUGUUGAUGCCGGAAAGAUAUCGAUGUCCGAGGAGGAUUUGUUGAAUGCACCUGGUGAGACCUACAAAGUGACCCUCACUGAGAAAGGAACUUACAAGUUUUACUGCUCCCCUCACCAGGGUGCGGGUAUGGUGGGAAAAGUUACCGUUAAUUAACUAAUAUUUGAAUAAAUUGGUUUUUAUUCAUAUGAGUUUGUUGUAGAGCUAUUAUUAUAUUUUAAAAAACAAAAUCUUGUUAAUUGGUACAAUUAGCACUUUUGUGUAAUCCUUUUUUCUUCCUUUUAAUUGUUGUUUUAUAUCUUGUGUAGUUAGUUGUAUGAGCUAAUAAUUUUACAUUUUGCAAUUUGAGGCUAAUGAUUUGCAA